UUCACCGCGGCACAGGCUCCUCGCCGUCUGAUUUUGCUUCUCCCUUUAAGAUGGCGGACACAAUGAGCCGGCGGAGCGCCGGUUGGCCCUGAAGUGACUCUGGAGAACGGUCAGCGAGGUCCCGUCAUCCCGGCAAGAGAGCGUUGCUUGAGGAAGAAGACGCCGCAGUCCCACUGUCAGCCGCCUUCCCGUUCGUCUCUAGCGCGGCGCCCGCACCGCCGGGGUUGGCCCUGAGCAGCCCGCCCGCUCGCUCGCCUCUCGGCCCCGCCCCGGCCCUGCGCCGCCGCCGCUGCCUUCAGCAGCAGCCGCUGCUGCCGCCGCCAUGAAGCUGACCGACAGCGUGCUGAGGAGCUUCCGCGUCGCCAAGGUGUUCCGCGAGAACUCGGACAAGAUCAACUGCUUUGACUUCAGUCCCAAUGGCGAGACGGUCAUCUCCAGUAGCGAUGAUGACUCCAUCGUGCUCUAUGACUGCCAGGAGGGCAAACCAAAGAGAACCCUGUACAGUAAGAAAUAUGGUGUGGACCUCAUCAGAUACACCCAUGCAGCAAACACAGUCGUUUACAGCUCUAACAAAAUAGACGAUACUAUUCGUUACUUGUCCUUGCAUGACAAUAAAUACAUCAGAUACUUUCCUGGACACAGCAAGAGGGUGGUGGCCUUGUCCAUGUCACCUGUGGAUGACACUUUCAUUUCUGGGUCUCUUGAUAAGACCAUUCGACUCUGGGAUCUCCGGUCUCCUAACUGCCAGGGCCUCAUGCAUCUACAGGGCAAACCCGUUUGUUCCUUUGAUCCAGAAGGGUUAAUUUUUGCUGCAGGUGUCAACUCAGAAAUGGUCAAACUUUAUGACCUUCGUUCUUUUGAUAAGGGUCCAUUUGCUACCUUUAAGAUGCAGUAUGAUCGGACUUGUGAGUGGACAGGACUUAAGUUCAGCAACGAUGGCAAACUGAUACUCAUCUCCACCAACGGCAGCUUCAUCCGUCUCAUUGACGCAUUUAAGGGUGUGGUGAUGCACACAUUUGGGGGUUAUGCUAAUAGCAAAGCUGUUACACUCGAAGCUUCUUUUACUCCAGAUUCACAGUUUAUUAUGAUUGGUUCAGAAGAUGGCAAAAUCCAUGUGUGGAAUGGGGAGAGCGGUAUAAAAGUAGCUGUACUGGAUGGGAAGCACACCGGCCCCAUCACCUGUUUGCAGUUCAACCCCAAGUUUAUGACCUUUGCCAGCGCCUGUUCCAACAUGGCCUUCUGGUUACCCACCAUUGAUGACUGAUCCUAACGCUGCUGGGCUAUUUGUACAGUGAGGGCGGCCAACAGGAGAAAGUCUGAGGUGACUGAGAUGACGGUGUUUGAUUGAUCAUUUGACUGGGCCUGGAGAACAUCUUCCCACGUGGCCUUCCCAGGGAUGUGCUGUCCAUCUGCUCUAAAGGAUUACUUUGCUGAGCGCCUUCAGGAGGACCUUGGUGCUGCAGCUGCAGCUGGCACCCAGCCUUCCAGCUCUCACUGCACCAGACUCUUCAGAGUGUGACUAGACUUACAAUCAGGACACAGAGGGGCGCCUGAACCCCUUCAGUUGUGAAUGUACUUGCUGCUGAGGAGCCAGUGAAGUCACCACUUCCCGCACAUCCUUCUCACCCCAGAAAUACAUGGGAAGCCGUGGUUCUGGUUUUGAGAUGUUAGGGCAGCUCAGCACCCCUUGCCCUCACCCUGCAUGUCUUGUUACUGGGUCUCCCUGUGUAAUUAAUUGUGGCAUUAUUCCACAACCAUCAUGUUUCUUAGGUGCCAAACAUUUACAAAAAUAAGUCUUCAUAUACCUUGGGGUCAAAGAAAGGACAAGUACAGAGGACCGUGUCUGUCAGGAGGCUAGUCAGUAUUCCUGCACAGGUGGGUGGGGCAGACCUUGGGCUUAGAUGCUGGGUGACAAAGGCCCAAGAGUCUGACAGGGAGGGAGGGGUAGCAGGUAAAUUCUGAGAGCUGAAAGGUUUAGCAGCCUGGUGCACUUCCCCCAUCAAGACAAUCCCACAGUCUCUCUUGUGGGGGAUCCUACCGAGCUUGGCUUGUACAAAAGCAAGGUAGUAGUAUAUUUUUGUACCUGAGUCACAUCACGUUUUCCUGUGGGCCAGUAUUGUGGAAUGAGUCUGAGUUGUUUACACUGAUGCCUUCCUUCCCUGCCCACCACAAAUCGUGUACAUAGUCAGCAGAUGAAACCCCUCUUCUCCAGCUCCUACCCGAGAGCUGGCUCUAGGCCUGUGUUAUAUGUUCUAUUUAGCCUUUUUAUAUAUGACCCUUGAUCUGUGUAUUUGAACACUGUGUGUGUCCACUUACCUUUGUGCAGACGUGCACAUUGCGUAUGUGUAUAUGCCUGUCUCAUCUAGCUUAUCAAGAGUUCGGCAGGAGAGGGAAGCCUGCGGCCGAGAAUGACUUUGUGGAUAGUGUAUGCCACAAUCGUUAGUCUUCUCCGUUAACCUUAGGGAUACAACGUGAAGCAGAGCUUCUAGUGUUUGCUGUUUCAUGGCAGCUAAGUGGGGGCCUUGGGUGACUCCCUUGUGCUCUCUAAGCCACACCACGGGGCCCUCUCUACAGUGUUAGAAUCUUUUGCCUGAUUAUGCUCUGUCUGCACCUGUAUAUGUGUGGCAGUCACUUUUGCAUGGCUUCUGUGCCUGGCUUGUGGCAUUUAGGGACAGGGUGCUGGAACCACAGUGUUUUUAGUUUGUCAGAACUUAAUUGGCCAACAAUAAGUCACUGUCACCUGCUGUGUCUACACUGUUGCCCUUUUUCUUGCUUUUUCCUGAGAGACUUUUAGCUAGACCCAGACUAGAUGAGUUGCAGUUGACCUUUCCUUCCCAGCAUGGCAGCCUUAGAGUAGGACAAACGGCUGUCAAAUACUGAUGCAGCGAUAUCCCUGCACAUCCAGAAAUCAAGACCCAGCAGGCUGUGAUUUGCCCAAGAGUACCCAGCUGUAGCGGGUGGCAGGCAGGCCGUCACUGCUUCUGUGCAGCAGCAGACAGCCUUCCAGUCACCAACGCUACUUUUUAAGCAAUUACUUUUUGACUUGUUAUUCCAACUGAAAUAAGUUGGACUGAUACUGAAGUCUGUAAGCACUGCUGAACACUCCUGCUAUAAAUGUCUGCCUUCCCAGAGCAGACCACUGUAGGAACCAGGCGACCGGAGCUGUUACUGCCCACCUUCAGGGUUUAAAAGCCCAUGUCCAAAAGACCCAUUGAGGGCAAAUGUCUAACUGUAGGUGAAUAUGGCUGCAUGGCCUGAAAGUAGAGUGGCUUGCCUGACCGCAGGAAGUCAUCUGAGUGUCCAGAGUUGAGGCAUCAUGCUUUUGGUAGGCAUACUUCCUGCCCACAGCCUCUGCUGGGCCCUGUGGCCACAGAGCUGAGUUCUGAAUUGGUAGGAAAAGGUGCAACUGGAAUUUACAUGGUCACAGGGUAAGAAAGAGGGAGAGCAGAGAUGGCAGUUUGGGGUAUGUUCCUGGGACGUAUUCACUGUCCUCUGAAAGAUCAGCCAGAGCCGCUGCUCUGUAUGUGACAGCUGACACUGCACUGUUCAACCACCAGCCACUGGGGUAUUUUUUAAUAAAUUAUUCCCUGUUGUAAUUGACAAUUACUGCUUAUGAAGGAAAAUUGGGAGAUCUUUAAGAACCAGUUUGCUACCCAAUGGUACCACUGUUAAUCUUGAUGUUAAAUGUUCCUUUAGAUAUCUCUGUGCAUAAACUUUGGUGUUUACAUAGUUGUUAUUCUACUGUACAUACAAUUUUGUCCUUUUUGUACUUAACAUAUAAACUUUUUUUUGCCAUGUUACCAGUCUUAAACAGAAUUUUAUAAUUUA